AUGGAGGAAGAGUUAAUCUGUGGAGUCUGUCACAUGGUGUUUCGCUCCACUGGGCUGCUCGAGAAACACAAAGCACUGUUCUGCAUUGGGAGUGAGGUAGGGCACCUUCGGGUGCGAAGGCACAGCUCUGAGAUUCUCAUCAGAGACAACGCUAGAGAUGUGUACCCUAAACAGACCAGAACCCCUGAUCUUGUACAGCUUAGAGGUCAGUGGAAGAACGUCACCAGGUGGAGGAGUGUUGAUGCUGAGCCAAAGUCAGGAAAAGCAGAAGAGAGUGCUGCUCUGCAAAACCUCACUGAUGAGGCUUGUGGGCGUCAGCUGGGUCACACUGACAGACUGAAGGAGAUGAGGGAAAUGGCAGCUCUCCAUGAGCACCAGCUGGCCCUGAUACAUGCUCACAACCAGCAGCUGGAGCAGCAGAGAGACGAGCUGGCCCUUCAGGUAAGUGUGCUGACUGAGCAGAGCAACAUAACUCACCUGGAGGGUCUGCUGACGGAGCUCAGAGAGCAGGAGGAGAGGAACAAGGAAACACUGCAACAACUCGAUGAACACCUCCACACAUUACAUAUAAAAGAGGUCUCUGUACCUGCUGAUCAGCUAGCUCCACACAAGAAUAAAAGGAUGCAUCAUGAUGACAACUAUGAGCUCAUUUCUACUGUGGAUGGCCCUCUCUCCGCACAGAUAAAAGCUCUGCGGCAGGCAUACAUGCAGUCAGGUGGGUCAGAUCCAGCCAUUGUGGCACAUAUGAUUGACCUGCAGGCAGAAGCCCAAAGUCUGGAGAAGAACCAACCAGCAACAGCCGCCAAGGACAGGAAGAAAGAGAAUGUGAAGCCUCUUCAGCGGGGUCCAAGCUGGGAGCUGCUGGCUGUGGAGCAGGAGAACCAAAGACUGGAAGAGGAGAUCCUCAUGAUCCAGCUGGCCAGGAAGAAACAUCAUAACUAUGAAGCAGCAGCGAGGACUGAGCUUGAGCUGAUUCAGACUCAGAACCUCCUGCAGAUUGUUGCUCUACAAGCAGAGAUGGAGAGAAGCAAAGAAACUCCCAGGCCUCGCAGACAGCCUCCUCCACCUCCAAUCCCCCUCCAACCCAACACCCACACGCAUGUACCUCUUCCCCUGCUCCAGGCCAGAUCCUUCACCUCUCCAUUAGGAAGAUGCAUGGUGGACCCCCUGGACUCCCUGAGUCCAGCACCCUACGACCCUGCAGCUGGUUUUGUGGUUUUUUAUGACCUGGUGCUGGGAAUUGACGCCUCUCAGACAGUGUUGCGCCUGGUGGCGGCUCUCUACUCUGAAGGUCAAGAAGUGGGACCACCGACUCCGCUGCCCCCUGUCCAGUGCCUGCCGGGAGUGUCCCUGCCGUACACCCAUAGCCUGCAACCUGGAAACUAUGCCGUCCUGUCUGUCAAACAACCUGUACCCAGGAUCCAGCCGUCACGCUCCCUCUUUCUGGUGGUGGAGGUCCAGACAGCAAGAGAUCUGGAUGUUUAUAAUCAGGACGUCUUCAAACUGCUGCCCUGUGGCUGGACACGACUGGAACUCUUUGACCAACACAACCAGCUCUGUAGUGGCCACUGGAGGGCGCCAGUGCGCAGACUGCCUAUUAGACCCUCCUUAAGCGUUGCCCAGCUCAACUCAGUACCUCAGGUGGAUAACAUGGAGCUGUGUGUACGUUUGGUCAACGGUCGAGAUGGAGAUGUGCAGCCUAUGGUAAAGCCCGACCCCAGCAGCACCAGCCACUAUAAAUAUCCAGCUGUGGUGUCUACUUUUCCUGUGACUCUUCCUGUUUCAGCUCCGCAGCCCUCUGGAGCGGAUCGACUCUCCUCCCACCUGCCCUUCACUGAUCACCAAGAGCCUCCCCCCACAGAGGCCAGUCAGAGCUGAAAAAGACAUCAAUACCUGAUAGAUGUUUCUUCCACAUCUUUAAUGAUGAUUUAUGUGGUGUAAUUGUGUAAAAGUGUAAAUGAGGGCCACUGAAGGAGUUUAUUUCACUUGUUUUGUGAUUGAGGUAUGCAGCGGUCUACAUUCAGGGCCUUUAUGCAAGAUGUGUUUUAUGAACAUGAAGCAAUGAGCUGUUGGAAAGAAGAGCACAGGGAUUUGACUUUCCAAUGUUAAAAUUAAACUGUUUUAACUGAAGUGCUUUCAUUUUUUGUACAGUCAUACUUUUAGGAUUGCAACAAUGAUUCAUUGUUUUUUUUUUUUUUUUUUCAAAUUGUUUGGUCUAUAAAUGUAAGGCAAUAGUGAAAAUACUCCCCAAUUUCCCAG